UGUCACUCACUGUCUGUCACUUAUGUCGUCUUUAUUCUCGUUUGUAAUGAAUGGUGUCGUAUAAUUUAAUAUAAUUUGGUAACGAUACUACAACAAUAUUUUAGUUAAAUAGCAUCAUAUGCAUACUUAUUAUUUAAAUAGCUUCUAAAAUAUAAUAAACGGCAGCUCUCUUAUACAAAUGUAUACGAGAGCAACAAUGAAGUAUUAUUAUAACUGCAAAUGAACGCUGAAGCAAAUAAUAUUAUCCAUUUAGUAUUUUGUUGGUGUGUUAAAAUAAAGCUACAAUGAUGAAGAGUGCAUUGCCAAAGGACAAACCUGGCAAGAUGAGAAUCAGAGCUUUUCCCAUGACUAUGGAUGAGAAGUAUGUGGAGAGUAUAUGGAGCUUGCUGAAGAAUGCUAUACAAGAGAUUCAAAAGAAAAAUAACUCUGGGCUUUCUUUUGAGGAGCUAUACCGUAAUGCUUACACUAUGGUUCUUCACAAACAUGGUGAACGAUUAUACACAGGUUUAAAGGAAGUUGUCACUAAUCAUCUUGAAACUAAGGUCAGAAAAGAUGUCAUCCACUCUUUAAAUAAUGGGUUCCUCCAAACCCUGAACAAUGCUUGGACUGAUCAUCAAACCAGCAUGGUCAUGAUUCGUGAUAUACUUAUGUAUAUGGACAGGGUAUAUGUACAACAGAAUGAAGUGGACAAUGUGUACAAUCUAGGACUCAUCAUUUUUAGAGAUCAGGUUGUUCGUUAUGGUUCAAUCCGGGACCACCUCCGGCAAACGCUGCUCGAGAUGGUGGCUCGCGAGCGGCGAGGGGAGGUGGUGGACCGGCUGGCCAUCCGCAACGCGUGCCAGAUGCUCAUGGUGCUGGGCAUCAACUCCCGGGCCGUCUACGAGGAGGACUUCGAGACGCCCUUCCUGCACCAGUCUGCUGAGUUUUAUAGGAUGGAAUCUCAGAAGUUCCUAGCGGAGAACAGCGCGGCAGUGUACAUCCAGCGCGUGGAGGCGCGCAUCAGCGAGGAGGCGGAGCGCGCGCGGCACUACCUGGACGAGACCACGGAGCCGCGCGUCGUGGCCGUGCUCGAGCACGAGCUCAUCGAGCAGCACAUGAAGACCAUCGUCGAGAUGGAGAACUCUGGCGUGGUGCACAUGCUGAUGCACACGCGCACGGGCGAGCUGGCCUGCGUGUACAAGCUGCUGUCGCGCGUCCCGGACGGACUGCGGACUGUGGCGGACGCUGUGUCCGCGCAUCUGCGGGAGCAGGGCCGCGCGCUCGUCACCGACCUCCACAACAACACCAACGCCAUCACCUACGUUCAGAACCUGCUGGACCUGAAGGCGCGGUUCGACCAUUUCCUGCAGAACUCGUUCAACAACGACAAGCUGUUCAAGCACAUGAUCGCCUCGGACUUCGAGUACUUCCUCAACCUCAACAACAAGUCGCCCGAGUUCCUCUCGCUCUUCAUCGAUGGAAAGCUGAAGAAAGGAGAAAAGGGAAUGAGCGAGCAGGAGAUCGAGGCAGUGCUGGACAAGACGAUGGUGCUGUUCCGGUUCCUGCAGGAGAAGGACGUGUUCGAGCGCUACUACAAGCAGCACCUCGCCAAGCGGCUGCUACUCAACAAGUCCGUCUCCGACGACAGCGAGAAGAACAUGAUCUCCAAACUCAAGACUGAAUGCGGGAGUCAGUUCACAUCCAAGCUGGAAGGCAUGUUCAAGGACAUGACCGUCUCCAACACCAUUAUGGAGGAGUUCAAAGAGCACGUGCUCUCCUCUGGCACGAACCUGUACGGCGUGGAGCUGUCGGUGCGCGUGCUGACGACGGGGCUGUGGCCCACGCAGAGCGUCACGCCCAAAUGCAACAUCCCCACCGCGCCCAGGAACGCCUUCGAAGUGUUCAGGAGCUUUUACCUAGCGAAGCACUCGGGGCGGCAGCUGUCGCUGCAGCCGCAGCUGGGCAACGUGGACCUGCACGCGACGUUCCGCGGCGGACCCGCGUCCCCCCCGCCGCCGCACCAGCCGCCCGCGCCCCGCCGCCACAUCAUACAGGUGUCGCCCUUCCAGAUGUGCGUGCUGCUGCUGUUCAACAAGCGGGAGCGGCUCACUUACGAGGAAAUACUCAACGAGACUGAUAUUCCGGAGAAGGACCUGGUGCGGGCGCUGCAGUCGCUGGCGAUGGGCAAGCCCACGCAGCGAGUGCUCAUCAAGCAUCCCAAGACAAAGGAGAUCGAGCCCUCUCACCAGUUCUACGUCAAUGAUGCCUUCACGUCUAAACUUUAUAGAGUGAAGAUCCAGACAGUGGCGGCCAAGGGCGAGUCGGAGCCGGAGCGGCGCGAGACCCGCAACAAGGUGGACGAGGACCGCAAGCACGAGAUCGAGGCCGCCAUCGUGCGCAUCAUGAAGGCCAGGAAGAAGAUGGCGCACACGCUGCUGGUGGCGGAGGUGACGGAGCAGCUGCGCGCGCGCUUCCUGCCGUCGCCGGUGGUCAUCAAGAAGCGCAUCGAGGGUCUCAUCGAGCGCGAGUACCUCGCGCGCACGCCCGACGACCGCAAGGUCUACACCUACGUCGCAUAGGUUCGCUUCUCUCACGCUCAUAUGUUAACGAUACGAUGAUAGGAUUAUAGCGACCGAGACGGUUCCAUAUGUAUAAAAAAUAAUAUUGUAAAUACCGGUAGCUUUAGAACCUUGCGUAAAAUGUACCUAUGACGGUGUUUCUCGUUUCUGAAUUCGGCGAUAUUAAAAACUUCCUUUGUAA